UCUGAAGCGUAGUUUUCGCUCUCUUCUCUUUCUGGUUCUUUAUUCAGUUUCUAUAAAAGUCGAGAGAUAUGGCGAGGCCACAAGGUACGGGGCGCAGGAAGAUCGACAUCAAGAAAAUAGAGAAGAAGCAGAGUCGGUUGGUGACCUUCUCGAAGCGCCGGAACGGAUUAUUCAGCAAGGCUGCCCAACUUUGCUCGUCCUCCGGUGCCAACAUCGCCAUCGUCGUAUUCUCUCCGCACGACAGGCCCUACGCGUUCGGCCACCCAUCCACGGACGCGGUGAUUGAGCGCUUCCUUGGCAUCGAAGAAAGAUUGAAAGAUGUGGAAGAGGGAGAGGGAAAGAAAGGGUUUCAGUUGGACACGGCGGUAGAGAAGAUGGGUUUGGAUGAUGAGGAGGUUGAGCAGAGCGAGGCGAUCUUGAAACGGACGAAGAACAGAGGGUUUCAGUUGGACAUGGCGGUAGAGAAGAUGGGCUUGGAUGAGCUCGAGCAGAGCGAGGCGAUCUUGAAACAGACGAAGAACAAAGGGUUUUCGUUGGACAUUGCGGUGGAGAAGAUGGGUUUGGAUGAGCUUGAGCAGAGCGAGGCGCUGUUGAAUCGGAUAAGGAACAGAGUGGCCGUGCUGGUAGACGAGAUGGGGAUGCGGAGGGUCGCCACCAGAGAGUUUUUCCCUCUCAAUCCCGUGACUGUGGUUACUUGAUGAAGGGGGUAUUGGAAUGUUUAGUUUGGUAGUAUUUUAGGGUUUUGCCUUUGUGGAUUAUUUAUUUUUUGUUUAUUCGAAUGAAGUGCUACAGUUUGUAAUUUAUUUUUAAUUAAAGAAUGAGAAUUGAACUACUCUUGCUCUUAUAUAGUUAUAUUUACUAAAUUUUGUUGCGUA